UUUUACAUAAAAGAAUUAUUUGGAGGGGGCAAUUAAUAAAAAUAUAAUGGACGAGGAACGAAGGAAACGGAUGAGAAGAACAACGUUGGAUCAACUUGAAGAGGGGAGACUAAUUUUGGCCGUGCCGGAAAUGAAUGAAAGUGAAAGCGAAGAGGCCGAAACAAGUGCUUCCGAUUCCGACCAAGAUUUUGAGUGCAGCGACGACGACAACUUCUUGUAUGGUGCCAUUCAAUCUGGGCUAUAUUCAUCGGAGGAUGAGCUUGAAUACUUUUAUGAUGAUGAUCAGGAAGUGGAACAAGAUGAUGUUGAUCCAGACGAAUUGUCGUACGAGGAACUGAUUGCUCUAGGAGAGAUGGUGGGAGUGGAGAACAGAGGUUUAUCAGAGGCUGAAAUAAAUAAACAUUUAAAUCCAAUUAUAUUAUGUCAAUCUACCACCAAUUUGCUUAUUGACAGGUGUGUGAUAUGCCAAGUGGAAUAUGAAAAAGGGGACAAAUUAGUUACCCUAGGAUGUGAUCAUCCAUACCAUGGGGAUUGUAUAGCCAAAUGGCUUCAAAUUAAAAAGAUUUGUCCGAUAUGCAAUAACGAGGUGACACGUGUAGAGAUAUCCAAGACCGAAGAAAAGAUGAAUGCAAAUGAAUUUGAAUCUUCUAUGUAAUUACCAAAUAGGGAAAAUCAGUAAUGUAUGGGGCUAUAUUAUUUUCUAUUUAAGAAUUAAAGAUUCAAACCCAUCACAAUAAGAUUACUUCAUUAUUUAUUUUU